CAGUCCUUCUACUUGUUUUGUUCUUUUCUUGUAGGUUACUUUCUUUUCUUCGCUUCGCUUCACUCCGUUUGUUCGUGUUGUCGAGGAAGCUUGUGCUGGUGCUGGUGUCUUUGGUGAAACUGUUAAGUUACUGGUGUUUGUUUGUUUACAUUAACAUUUUCGCGAUCAACCUAUUGGUGUCUCAGUGAUAUAUUGUUCCUUUUGUUGUGAUUACAUGAUUGUCUUCCAAUGAAUAUUUCCAAAGAUGAUGCAUUUUGCAGCUCAACAUUUUUGGACCCAGCGGUCUCGUGGGAUACUGAGGACCCAGACCUGUCUUUGUGUUUUGAGAAGACUGUUCUGACAUGGACUCCAUGCUUGGUGCUGUGGCUCGCCACUCCGUUGGAGAUCUGCCUCAUCCAACGGAGCAAAUGCAGGGACAUCCCUUGGAGAGCCAUCAACCUACUGAAACUGGUUGGGAACUUAGCUCUCAUUGGAGUUAGCGCUGUCAGCUUAGUAUGGUCAAUUUUUAAUUCCAAGGAGGAAAAUAUUUAUCCUGUGGAUGUAUGGACACCUGCCAUACAAACUGCAUCAUUUCUGUUAACAACUGUGAUACUACUGUGGAACCGAGUCAGAGGCCGACACACUUCUGGGGUGUUGUUCUUCUUCUUCCUUUUGCUCACUAUCGGAGGAGCCGUUCAGUUCAGAACCGAGUUGAGGCUGAGAAGUAAAGAGAUAGAUGAGGAGUCAAACUUCAAGUUCAUACUUUACAUGAUCUACUAUCCAAUUGUGGUUGUGAUGCUGAUUUUAAAUUUAUUUCCUGACCCACCACCAAGGGAAACCUUCUACCCCCAAAGUAAGAAACUAUGUCCAGAGGUUCACGCAUCUUACGCUUCAAGAGUAUUGUUCGCAUGGUUCGACCGUUUGAUAUGGAAGGGUUUCAAAAGUCCGCUUACAGUAGCAGAUCUUUGGGACCUGAGGUUUCAAGACACAGCUGGCCAAAUUAUUCCCAGAUUUGAAAAGUAUUGGUUUAGGUCACCAACAAUACCGGGAGUUCCAGAGGCAUUUACAGCAACAAAUGGAAAAUCAUCUUCCUAUGGAACACUUACAAGUCAAAGGAACAGAUCCAGAAAACCCAUUUCAAUCCUGGGCCCGACAAUUAGAGUAUUGUGGUUACCAAUUAUAACUGCAGGAGUCGUCAAGUUAUCUGGCGACAUGUUGGCUUUUGUCAAUCCUCAACUGCUGAAUGUGAUGAUAAAGUUCGUAGCUGGCAAGGAGUACAUGUGGAGAGGUAUCCUCUACGCAGUUGGGAUGCUUGUUUCCGCUCAACUGCAGACGAUAUGUUUCCAUCAAAGCCUUAUGACGAUGUACAUCGUUGGACUGAACUGGAGGACAGCCCUAAUGUCUGCUGUUUAUAGAAAGGCUCUCCGUAUUUCCAAUUCAGCUCGCAAGACCUCUACUGUAGGGGAGGUGGUCAACCUGAUGGCGGUGGACGCUCAGCGAUGUGCGGACUUUGCCCCGUUUGCCCACAUGCUGUGGACGUCUCCUAUCACCAUCGCGGUCGCUCUGUACUUCCUAUGGCAAAUACUGGGUCCGUCAACUCUAGCAGGGCUUGCAGUUAUGAUAAUCAUCAUACCAGUGAACUCUUUCAUUGCGAACAAAGUCAAGUUUCUCCAGAUGAAACAAAUGAAGUACAAAGAUGAAAGAGUCAAACUUAUGAACGAGGUCUUGUCCGGAAUCAAGGUUUUGAAGCUGUAUGCAUGGGAACCGAGUUUCAAGGAUUAUAUAUCAAAAAUCCGAGAGAAAGAGCUGAAGCUAAUGAGAAGAGCAGCUUUACUCAACGCUUCCACAUCGUUUGUAUGGGGCUGCUCAUCAUUUCUGGUUUCACUUGCAACAUUUGGAGUCUACGUUUUAGUUGAUGAACACAACGUUCUCACAGUAGAAAUAGCUUUUGUUGCCACGGCACUUUUCAACGUUAUGAGAGCUGCCAUUUCUUUCUUCCCCAUGAUGAUCCAGUUGUUAGUCCAGAGCAUUGUGUCAGUAAAGAGAAUCAACAGGUUUUUGAAUGCUGAGGAGUUGGACUUUAAUUCAGUGUCACAUGAUGAAAGUAAAAAGGAACCAUUGAUCAUCGAUGGCGGAUCGUUCUCCUGGGGCACUGAGAAGGCAGAUGCAGCUGUUCUGCGCAACAUCACGCUGAAGGUCAACCCAGGGUCGUUGGUGGCCGUGGUCGGAGCCGUGGGGGCCGGCAAGAGCUCUCUCAUCAGCGCUUUCCUCGGAGAAAUGGACAAGAUAUCUGGAUACGUUAAUACCAAGGGUUCUAUUGCCUACGUGCCGCAGCAAGCUUGGAUACAGAAUGCAACAGUGCGGGACAACAUUUUGUUUGGCAGUGCCUACGAUGCCAAGAGAUACUACAAAACCAUUGAAUCUUGUUCACUAAAGCAAGACCUGGACAUGCUUCCUGGAGGAGACAAAACGGAAAUUGGUGAAAAGGGCAUAAACCUGAGUGGUGGCCAGAAGCAGAGAGUCAGUCUAGCCAGGGCAGUAUACAAUGAUGCUGACACUUAUCUACUAGAUGAUCCACUCAGUGCUGUAGACUCACAUGUGGGGAAACACAUCUUUGAGAACGUCAUCGGACCUAAGGGAGUGCUCAGCAGAAAGACUCGAGUCAUGGUGACACACGGAGUAACUUUCCUACCUCAAGUAGACGUCAUUGUAGUGAUGAAAAAUGGAGAGAUAAUUGAAACAGGAACAUUCAAAGAGUUGCUGAACAACAAGGGAGAAUUCUCAGACUUCUUAGUUCAACACAUCACCGAGUCAAAGGACGAACUUGAGGUCGAAGGAGAAUUGGAAGAACUAAUUGAGGAAAAUCCCACUUUGAAAGUUCAGAUUCAAAGGCAACUGAGUAAAUCUGGUUCUGUGAGAUCUACUUCUUCGUCAAAUUUUAGCCAUAGAAAAGCCUCUACAGCAAGUGAAGAAAAUAUUCAAACUUUGACUUCUCAAAUAGACAAACUCAUACAAGCAGAAAAGACGGAAACAGGCAGUGUAAAGCUGGGUGUCUACAUGCACUACCUCAAGUCGGCAGGCUUACUCCUGUCUGUAGCGACACUAGGUUUCCAGCUGGUAUCACAAGCGUUGGGUAUUGCAUCUAACAUCUGGCUGUCUGAUUGGUCGUCAGAUACCUCCGCGGCCGUGGACGGUGUGCAGGACAAGGAUAAACGCAACUUCUAUCUGGAAGUCUACACGGCUCUAGGCUUCAGUCAAAUGGCAGCAGUGAUAGCUGGAGCCUAUGCUUUGGCGUUUGGCACAGUUUUGGCAUCCCGUUACCUCCACAGCUCUAUGCUGGGCAACAUCUUACAUUGUCCAAUGAGCUUCUUCGACACUACGCCUACUGGUCGUCUGGUCAACAGGUUCGGCAAAGACGUCGACGUCAUCGACAACACUCUUCCGUUCACCUUCAGUACUGCACUUACUGGGUUUGGAAACGUUAUUGGGACGAUCGUAGUCAUCACUUACUCCACACCUCUCUUUGCCACUGUCAUUUUACCCGUAGGACUUCUCUACUAUGGUGUACAGAAAGUAUACAUUACUACAUCUCGUCAGUUGAAGAGGAUAGAGUCGGUGUCUAGAUCUCCAGUUUAUUCUCACUUCAGCGAAACUGUCUCAGGUGCAACAUCCAUUAGAGCGUACAAGGUGGUAGAUCGGUUCAUAAAAACAUCGGAAGAUCGAGUGGACGCCAACCAAGUGUGUCUUUAUCCGAGUCUUGUGUCCAACAGAUGGCUUGGAAUUAGACUGGAAACAGUUGGUAAUAUUCUGAUCUUCUUUGCUGCGUUGUUUGCUGUCCUUGGUCGUGACAAACUGGACGCUGGUCUGGUCGGCUUGUCCAUCAGUUAUGCAUUGCAGAUCACAGGGAUGCUGAAUCUUGCUGUGAGGAUGUCAUCAGAAGUAGAAACAAACAUUGUGUCAGUCGAGAGAAUCAAGGAAUAUUCUGAAGUCCCGACUGAAGCUGCGUGGGUUGUGGAGCCUCGUCCUGACGCCCAGUGGCCCAGUCAUGGCACAGUGCAGUUCCAGGACUACCAAGUGAGAUACCGAGACGGCCUGGACCUUGUGCUGAGGGGAGUCUCGUUUGUUGUCAAUGGUGGAGAAAAGAUUGGUAUCGUGGGCCGCACGGGGGCUGGAAAGUCUUCCCUCACCCUAUGUUUAUUCCGCAUUUUGGAAGCAGCUGGAGGUCAAAUCUUCAUCGAUGGCCUCAACAUCUCCAAAAUCGGUCUGGGAGACCUGAGAUCAAAACUCACCAUUAUUCCCCAGGAUCCUGUGCUGUUCUCUGGCUCCUUGAGGAUGAACCUUGAUCCGUUUGAGAAGUACAGUGACAGUGACAUAUGGAGAGCUUUGGAACACGCUCAUCUCAGUGUAUUUGCUCGUGGACUGGCAGCAGGACUCAACCAUACUAUCUCUGAAGGAGGUGAUAAUUUGAGUGUUGGCCAGAGACAGCUGAUCUGCCUAGCCCGAGCUCUGUUACGCAAGACCAAAGUGUUGAUCUUAGAUGAAGCAACGGCAGCCAUUGAUCUGGAAACUGACGACAUAAUACAACAAACAAUCCGCAGAGAGUUCAAGGACUGCACGGUGUUGACUAUAGCUCAUAGACUCAAUACUAUCAUGGACUCUGAUAGAGUCAUUGUACUAGACAAAGGUACAAUAAAGGAGUUUGAUUCACCACAAAAUCUCUUGAGUUCUUCAUCAACAAUUUUCCAUGGAAUGGCUAAGGAUGCUGGGCUUGUUUGAUUUAGGUAUAAGGCCAAAAACACUAUAUACCUUGCUCUCUUUCCUAACACAGAAAAGUAAGGUGCAGAGGAAACUAGCUUAUGGAACGACCGUGCGCUUUUAGCUCUAGUAAGUUGUGCCAGAAAUUUACUUGUGACGACCAAAGAAGAGCCUGAGCGGUGAACACUGUGCAAAAAACCUAUCGCAAAGGACACAGGGUCCUCCAUCGUGAGCGUUGUAGCACAUGAGGGGAGGGGGGUGGUGUUGGACUUUGCCUUAGACACCAGCGACUAGUGCUAGACACCACUUAAGUGUACUAUUAUUGAAUGUUCCCUCUGUACCUUACUUCUUGAUGUCUUCCUUUUAGGUUAUCAAUGUUAAGUUUUAAAACUAUGGUCAGUAAUAGUUUUAUUUUAUGUUAAACCUAGAAGGUAAACAUGUUUUCAAAUUCACAUGUUUUUAAAGCAAAUGCUCUUUUAAAAUAGGAAAUAAAAUACUUGUUAAGUAAUUAUGUAUGAUAAUGUACAUGACAAAUUUUAUGUUAAUGAAUGAUUGUAGGUAUGAAUGUUUUAUGGAUGAAUUUGGAAGUAGUAGUAUACUGUUGGCGAAAUUACUAUAUAAACAGAUAAGUCCAAAAAUAUAAUUGAAAUUUGGUAAGUAUAUGCUAACACACUGGGAUUAGAAUUUGGAGUUUUGAGGGUGGAAGAUGAGUUAAAAAUCAUUUUUGUGUUCAUGUAACAAAAAAAAGUUGAAGUUUAAUUUAUUUUUUUGCAACCAUACAGGGUGUCACAAAA